AUCAUUUUAUUUGACCCGUAGUCUCUCCGAUCCCCUUGUAGUUAUGAAAUCAUCAUAGUUAUGUCUCUUUUCCAUCAUCUCGUGUCUCGUUUUCUUUCAUUAUGGCUUUUAAUUUUCCUCGUCUUCUUAGUAUUAUCACUCGGGAAAUCUCAAAAGGAAGCUUUACAAGUUAAAGUGGGGAUUGUUCUUGGCAGUAAUGUGACAUUAGCAGAUUUGAGCUUGCGAGCUAUCAAUAUGUCUCUGUCGGAAUUUUAUAAUACUCAUAAUGGCUUCAAGACAAGGAUUGUCCUCAACGUCCGAGACUCCAAACAAACUGUUGUUGGUGCUGCCGCUUCAGGUACUCGAUCUUGCGUACAUUAAAUUUUAUUACAAUAUGUUGUUAAUGCUAUAUUUUAAUAUGAUAUUUAUAAUUGUAUGCCUUGAAAGCCUUGCCUAUAGCACAUGAACAAUCCUAAUGUUAUGGAAACACUUUUUCUUUUUAUAAAAUAUAGUCAACUGUCUAGGUUUUUUUUUAUAUAAAUAUAAAUAUAUUUUUUAACACAGAGUUUAAAUGCAUUACACUUAUAAUGCAAACGGUAAAUAACCUUAACUCUGUAGCUUUAUACUUGAUAAAGAAGAGGGAAGUGGUGGCCAUUAUUGGACCAGGGACUUCAAUGCAAGCUCCAUUUUUAAUCAACCUUGGAAACCAAUCUAAAGUUCCAAUCAUUUCAUUCUCUGCAACAAGCCCUCUUCUUGAUUCCCUCCGUAGUCCAUAUUUCAUCAGAGCCACUCACGACGAUUCGUCUCAAGUCCAAGCCAUUAGCGCCAUCAUAGAGUCAUUUAGAUGGAGAGAAGUUGUGCCUAUAUAUGUAGACAAUGAGUUCGGAGAAGGUAUUCUUCCUAACUUAGUUGAUGCUUUUCAAGAGAUUAAUGUUCGUAUCCGAUACCGAAGUGCCAUCUCAUUACAUUACUCUGAUGAUCAAAUCAAGAAAGAGCUUUACAAACUAAUGACCAUGCCUACUAGGGUUUUUAUCGUGCACAUGCUGCCUGAUCUCGGGUCAAGACUCUUUUCGAUAGCAAAAGAGAUUGAUAUGCUGAGCAAAGGAUAUGUAUGGAUAGUCACAAAUGGUAUAGCUGAUCUCAUGAGUAUAAUGGGGGAAUCAAGCUUGGUGAAUAUGCAUGGUGUCUUGGGCGUCAAGACAUAUUUUGCAAAAUCCAAAGAGCUACUACAUCUUGAAGCUCGUUGGCAAAAAAGAUUCGGAGGAGAAGAGCUGAACAACUUUGCAUGUUGGGCUUAUGAUGCUGCCACAGCACUUGCAAUGUCAGUUGAGGAAAUUAGGCACGUAAACAUGAGUUUCAACACGACCAAAGAAGACACUUCAAGAGAUGAUAUUGGGACUGAUCUUGAUGAACUCGGCGUUGCUCUAUCUGGUCCCAAGCUUCUUGAUGCCUUGUCAACAGUCAGUUUCAAAGGUGUUGCCGGGAGAUUUCAGCUAAAAAACGGAAAGCUAGAGGCGACGACUUUCAAGAUUAUCAAUAUAGAGGAAAGCGGUGAAAGAACGGUUGGAUUUUGGAAAUCAAAAGUAGGAUUAGUAAAGAGCUUAAGAGUAGAUAAAGUGUCUCACAGCUCCCGUCGCCUUAGACCGAUAAUAUGGCCUGGUGACACUAUUUUUGUGCCUAAAGGUUGGGAAUUCCCAACAAACGCAAAGAAGCUGCGAAUAGCAGUUCCAAAGAAGGAUGGUUUCAACAAUUUUGUUGAGGUAACCAAGGAUGAAAAUACUAAUGUUCCAACGGUCACCGGGUUUUGCAUAGAUGUUUUCAACACGGUAAUGAGCCAAAUGCCAUAUGCUGUCUCCUAUGAGUACAUCCCCUUUGAUACGCCUGAUGGAAAACCUCGUGGAAGUUACGAUGAAAUGGUUUAUAAUGUGUUUCUUGGGGAGUUUGAUGGAGCUGUAGGUGAUACAACAAUUUUGGCUAAUCGGUCGCAUUAUGUUGAUUUCGCGUUGCCAUACUCGGAGACCGGAAUUGUAUUCCUUGUACCAGUCAAGGAUGGGAAAGAAAAAGGAGAAUGGGUCUUCUUAAAGCCUUUAACAAAGGAGCUAUGGUUGGUCACUGCUGCUUCUUUUCUCUACAUUGGAAUCAUGGUUUGGAUUUUUGAGUACCAAGCAGAUGAGGAGUUCAGGGAACAGAUGAUAAUUGAUAAAAUAUCUAGUGUGUUCUACUUCUCGUUUUCGACUCUCUUUUUCGCACACAGGAGGCCAUCAGAGAGCUUUUUUACAAGGGUUCUUGUUGUGGUUUGGUGCUUUGUGUUGCUAAUUCUGACUCAGAGCUACACAGCAACACUGACAUCGAUGCUGACAGUUCAAGAGCUUCGACCAACAGUGAGACACAUGGAUGAUUUGAGGAAGAGCGGAGUGAACAUUGGAUAUCAAACUGGUUCGUUUACAUUCGAAAGGCUGAAACAAAUGCGUUUCGAUGAAUCGAGGUUAAAGACAUAUAAUUCUCCUGAAGAGAUGCGUGAACUUUUUCUUCACAAGAGCAGCAAUGGCGGGAUUGAUGCUGCGUUCGAUGAGGUCGCUUAUAUCAAGCUUUUCAUGGCUAAGUAUUGCUCAGAGUAUUCCAUCAUCGAGCCUACCUUUAAGGCUGAUGGCUUUGGCUUUGUAAGUGGAGCUGAUUGCUUUUUAUUUAGACUUUUAAUGGUGGCAGCAGAAGAGAGGUACACCGCUUGUAGUCAAAACCACUUUUAGCUAACAUUCAAACGUUUUGGCCUGUACGCACCAAACUUGUGAACGAUGAACUAAAAGCAGCUUUCUACACUGGCACCAUUCAGAAGUGAUACUAAAUCUCAAUGAUUUUUGCAGGCAUUUCCACUAGGAUCUCCAUUGGUGUCAGAUAUUUCAAGACAGAUCUUGAACAUAACAGAGGGAGAUGCCAUGAAAGCUAUAGAGAACAAGUGGUUCCUUGGAGAAAAACAUUGUCUGGACUCGACUACAUCAGAUUCUCCAAUCCAGCUCGACCACCACAGCUUUGAAGCUCUAUUUCUGAUCGUCUUUGUUGUUUCUGUGAUUCUACUCUUACUCAUGUUGGCUUCUAGAGGAUACCAAGAGAGACAACACAAUGCUUCACCCAAUCUACCAAAUGAUCAAGCCAAUGCAGCUCAAGAAGAAGUCAAUGAAGAAGGUAAUGUUGGAGAUCAUAUUGUGGAAGUCGACACAGCUUUGGUCCGUCGUAAGAAACUGACCUCAAACACUAUACCCAUUAGAAGAGUUGCGCCACUAUCAAGGCUAAAGUCAGCAUAGUCAAACCUAAACUCUAGAUUUCUUUCACUGUUUAGAUUGCAUAAUCAUAAUAUUUAAGGAAUCCUUUUCUCAAAUAUGUUUAAAUGUAUCUAAGAUAGACUGAUGCAAACUUAAAUCUUACCU